AUGUAACUGAGAAACCGAGCCUCAACUAUGAACUUCCCAACAACGCUCCAAAGACAAAGUUUGACUAAGGAAUAUCCAGAGCCACAGGCUUCCAAUAUGAGGUAUCCGGCCAGUGUGCCGUCACCGCAGCCACAAGCAUAUGCCUCUGGCUAUGGGAAUUUUGGCGAUGCCGCACAAUUCAACGCCUCACGGCAAGCAAUUCACCAACAACAUUACUCUGCUGAGCAGUUACAGUAUCACCAACAACAACAACAACAUCUUCAUUAUAAUAACACUUUCAACAGUAGGCUAAUUGGUGAUGGCCCCAAUCAUAAUGUGUCCAGUGGACCAGUUUCGAGUAUUUAUAGUAAUCGAGCACGAUACUUUCCCUAUCCGCAUAGUCUGUCGCAGCAUUCAUUGCGUGGCAUGUAUACACCUGCUGGCCAGCAGUUGAUACCAUCCAGCGUUUUGCAUUACCCGCCCCGCAGUGAGGCCUAUCAACCAAACGCCAUGACAUUGCAACAGCAGCGUUCUGUAUUGACACAACCAUAUGCGUCGGCGCCACACACCCAACCGCAACUGCAACCACAUUUACGGCAACAGCAGCAACCGUCACCGCAAGCACAACUGCCGCAUCACCAAACCGCAUUUGGGGGCAAUGAAUCGCAAAUGCGACACUACGCUGACGCCCUCAACACGACACAACCAACAUACAGGCAAGCAACGGGCGAAACGCCGAAUUUGUUGAUGCAUUUACAUAGCAGCAGGUCUCCACCUGCAACUCCAAUAUCGCCACCAUCUCCAGGUGCCACGCAGAUCGCACGAAGCGUGUCUCGGCCUGCGUCAGCUGACUGCAAUACUUAUUCACAGUUAAAACACCAGUACCGGCAGUCCGUCAGUUCGCCUACUCGCGCCCAAACAUUAUCCAACGAGGAUUUACAUACUGCAAACACAUUAAAAUCUCAGCAGAGCGUACCACCAGCUCAGCGAUUGCCUGGAUUGCAAAUACAUUCUGCUUCCUGCACUUCUUCCGAGUUGCCAACAGUGGGUGAAGACGCACAAGAUAGCCAUGAGGAAAAGCAACUUCAAGCUGGUACGUCUCUUUCAAUUAGCAAUAGUAACGGUGCAUUCACACCGCGACAAACGUCUAGUAGCGAAUGCUUGACCACUUCACCGCCAUUAAUAAGCGCCACCGGCACGGAUAGUGGUAUCAGCAUUAGCAGCUGUAGUACUCGCGCCCGCAGCGAUAGCACACAAAGUACACCAGUUUACAACGGUGAAUAUCCAAUGUCGGUGGGCUCAUCCUCGGGAGUGUCAUACCAAUGCGCGGAUAUUAAGGAUUUCGAAGAUUUCGGCAGAGAAAAAGAAGAGAUUACAGCUUGUGCGUCUCUCAGCGAAAAUGAAUUUUUAAAAUGCAAUCAGGAAAUCGUUGAAAGUGAUAUUAAUGUGGGGCAUGGAGUGCCUGAUAGGAUAAAUGAGAAAAACUCAGUCAAGACGAAAGAACCAGACAUAGACCGAAAGUUCUUUAAUGAGGAAAGGAAACAAAGUGAUGACAAAACUGAGGAAACAGACAAAUCGACCAAACUUUCGGUAGCGGCUAAAUCGUUACAAUUUGAUUCAACUGAAACUCAAAAUAAUGGAGAGGAACCUCCAAAUGCCACUCGCACAAAAGAAUCCCUUCAUGAGUUAGCUUUAAAUGGACAGGAGCGAAUUUCCAGAAAUAUAGAAAUUAAAAGUGAACCUAAAGAAGGUAAGGAGCAGCCUCCCCACCAACAGCAAACUAACAAGCACCACGCCGUAGGAGAAAUUGUUGAAGGCACCGCUGCCAGUAAUAAUAACAAACGCGCCCCGCUACCGACCACACCACAAAGUCAACCACAUUUGGAGCCUACUACCUUGCAAGAACAAGAACUACCGUCUCCGCCCGUGCCACCAGCUCCACCGCAAAAUUCACCAAUCGAUUAUUGUCGAACAACCAGCAUCGCAAACAUGAAUCCAUAUGCCUAUGUGCCACCACCAACGACGCAAUUAAAAGCACCGACGUCAGCGGCUGCUGCAGCGGCAGCGGCUGCAGUUGCGGCGGCGGCAGCAGCAGCUGCUGCGUCAAUACGCACGAACAAAAAUCGCAUUAUGGAAUGUGACCUCAUACCAAACAGAAAAUCGAAACGGAAAUUGAACCCUAUUUCGGGAAAGUGGCAAAAGGAUGUGGGAGGUGAUGCGAGCGACAGUACGAAAGAGAAGAGGGAUAUGACUCCGCUGCCUGGCUUCCAACAAGCCUUUGGCUCCACUGAAAUCGGUCGUUUUUUCGAGACAUUUUUAUUGAGUCCGCCAGACUGCCACAGCUUCACUGACAACUACGAGCCUUUAGAUGUCGAGGAACCAUGGCAGCAAUCUCACCAACACCAACAACAGCAGCAGCAAUACCAAUUACAAAUUAAAGAGGAUCAGGAACAGCAUGAACUUAAUCAGUUACAACAAUACAAGCAGCAACAACAACAAUAUGCACAACAAGAGUAUCUUAAUCGAAGAUAUGCUGAUAAUAACAGCUACCAAUCGCUUCAUCAACGACUGUAUCCCCACUACCCACAUCCGCCACUCCAUCCCGCACACCCGUACCACCGAGGCCAGUCGUACCCAUACCCCAUUAGUGCUAACAGUAACCACCGCGAUAUGUGGAUGUACGGCCGCAACGCCCUCAAUCCUUAUGUGAUGCCUUUCGAAUAUGGUGCUGCCAGAUCGGCCAGCAGCUCGCCCUCGUCGCCUUAUCAAAUGCCUUUGAAUUUGCGAUCAGGUUACGGCUCCGCAUACGAUGGCAGAGGUUACACCUAUGGGCGUAUGAACAGUACUUACAGUGGCAUACGUUGUAACGGCUAUUGAAAUAAGUUUGUACAAUAGGUUUUAUGUGAAGAAAAUAACCGUUAAACAUAAUUAAAAAGAAAUUUUCAAAAACAUUAAUAAUUUAUAGAGUCAAGUGAUAAGUUAGUUCUUCAUGCAUAUGUAUAUAGGAUCAUUGAUAUGAUCAGGUGAAAAGUUAAUACAAAUAUGUGCCUUUUCGGACAAAAUUCUGGAACGUCGUCUUCA